AUGUCGACAUGCCUGGUGUGGCAACCCUGCGGCCUUGGUCUUGUGCCCUUGCGGAGGCGAGCGGCGCUUUUGACCCGAAGCUUGCCCUUUGGACGCGUCGAUGGGACGAGAGCGCUGCUGAUGAGCCGCCUGGUGUCGGAUUUGGCCUCGUGCUCGAGGGCGCCGGGCGUGGCGGGUGCUUCGAGGGGAGCUCUGUCGAGGCCGAGACAGCCGCCUGUCUUUGGCUCUGUGUUUGCGAGGUACGUCUACUACAUGGAUCCGUGGGCAGCGUGA